UUAAAUACCAUAGUCUCCUCCUUCCUCUUCUCAUCAUCUUGGUUGUUGCUUUCAUGUUCAACUCUACUUGAAGCAGAGCAUCAUUCUGACAAUGUCUGUGGGCUCCUGCGGAGGCUUCAAAUGCCCUUCACGUCGUCUGGAAAACAUCGAGGAAGAUGGGCCUGCGAGUUGGCUGCCGGAGACAUGUGCACCACCGGAAACUCCCAUUGAGUCCAUGGAGUUUCUUGCUAGAUCAUGGAGCCUCUCGGCCAUGGAGCUCGCUAAGGCUCUUGCAGCUGACAACCUGGACAAGUACUCCGCCUUCUGUUCGGUUGGCAAUGAAGCUGAAAUUCAUGUUGCAAGUUCUGUGGCUUCAGAGGAAGCUAUUAUUCAACAAUUACCAGGUGGGGGUAGCCCUCCAAUUUCUCCUAGGGAUAGUGAUGACAUGAAGGAAUUAUUUCUACUUCAUCAGGCGCUAAACCCGGAUUUCCUAUCAAAUCAACAGUUACUCAGAAAUGGGCUAUAUAAAAGCAUAAUGAGAGGGAAAACAUUUGGGAGAUGGUUGAAAGAUCAAAAGGAGAGGAAGAAGCAGGAGAUUAGAACUCACAAUGCCCAGUUGCAUGCAGCAGUAUCCGUUGCAGGGGUUGCUGCUGCUGUUGCGGCACUUGCUGCAUCAAAUGCGGCAUCGCCUGAAGUCUUGGCCACCCAACACAAGAAGCCUUCCAAAACAUCUGCUGCAAUUGCAUCUGCAGCAGCGUUAGUGGCAUCCCAUUGCAUUGAAAUUGCUGAGGACAUGGGAGCUGAUCAUGACCACAUCUUAAUGGCUGUUAACUCAGCAGUUAAUGCCAGGACUAAUGGCGAUAUCAUGACUCUAACAGCUGGAGCAGCUACUGCCUUACGUGGAGCUGCCACUCUAAGGGCAAGGCUGCAAAAGGGGUGCGGAACUGCAACCCUUGUUCUUUCUGAGGAACAGAUUGAGGAAGGCAGAGAAUCAAACAUCUUGAUUGCAUUGAACUUUGUCUCUAGGGGAGGAGAACUUCUUAAACGCACUAGGAAAGGUAUCCAUCAUGCAGUAUUGAGGUUAUAUCUACCAACCUCGGUAGGAAGCAAAUAUGCUAACCUGAUUUUUGCGGUUGUGGAAAUGUUGAUGGCAGGAGCACUCCACUGGAAGCAAGUUUCUUUCAACAUAGAUUCAUGUUGGCAGGUGGCAGUUAAAAUGAAAAGCAAGCAUAUGGCAGGAACAUUUACAAAAAAGAAGAAAUGUGUAGUCUCUGGAGUCUAUUGUGACAUUCCAGCAUGGCCGGGGAGGGAGAGGGAAGAGAGCAGCGAGCAGAGGGCUUACUUUGGGAUAAAAACAGAUGACAGGAUAAUAGAAUUUGAAUGCAGAAAUAACAGUGAUAAACAAAUGUGGGCUGAAGGGAUCCAGUAUAUGUUGCACUGCCGGGCUAGCAUGAUAUGAAACCGAAACAAACUUAAAUUUGGAUUAGUGGAGAAGUAGAUUGUGAUUUUUGUAAGCAAUUAACAUGGAAUGAACAUCUCAAGCUUCCUAAACAGGUGUUGAGGGAAGGGUCAGAAAGCACAUAUUACAGCUGCUACAGUUGUAUAUAGAGUGAUUGGUUAUCUACAUGAUGGGAUUGAACACAUUUUCAUUUCAGGAGCUUUUGUAAGAAAAGUGGCUCAAGGAGAUAAUUUUAAUAAACAAAAUUGUAAUGAAUCCUUUCAAGGAUUCAGUCAA